AUGACAAAAUGUUCAAGAGAAAGUUUACAUAAUGGAAAAAUUGAUGAUCUUUGCAGAGAUUUCUUGUGGGGAAGAUCUGAUCAUAGUCUCAAGGCUCCACUUGUAUCUUGGGAUAAAGUAUGCACAGGGAAGAAUCAAGGGGGUCUGGGUAUUUAUUCUGCCACUACUUGGAAUCUAGCCACUGCAGUUAGAACAUUAUGGUAUGUGCAUUCAAAUAAAGAGUGUCUGUGGAUUAAAUGGGUUCAUGGAACCUAUUUAAAAGAAUCUAACAUUUGGCAAGUGAGGGUGAAAUCUGGUGACUCUUGGUUAUGGAAACAGUUGCUGAAAGCAAGGGAUAAAGCUGUGAAUCUUGUGGGAGGGACUGAUAUGCUAAUUCAGAGCAUCAGGUCUUGUUAUAAUCAAUCCAAGAUUCAGCUAUCUGAGCUAUACAAGAUCCUUUCUCCUAUUAAUGUUAACGUAUCUGUACCUUGGGCUGAUACAGUUUGGGAGAGUUCAAACCUACCCAAACAUUCUUUUAUCUUGUGGUUAGCUAUUCAAAAUAGGCUUCUCACAAAGGAUAGACUGCUUAAAAGAGGGGUAAUUCAAUCAAAUCAUUGCUCUCUGUGUGAAGGGGGAUCGGAAAGUCACAAACACUUAUAUUUUGACUGCAGUUUUUCUAUGACUGUUUGGAAUGGGGUUAUGGAAUGGCUCAAGUUUAGUUGGAGGACAUGCGAUUGGAGAUUACUUCUUGAUUGGUAUUGUAAUAGCCUAAAGGUGAAGGGUUCUAAACUGAAAGUGAAGAGAAUGGCUAUUGCUGCAGUCGUUUACUACAUUUGGAAAGAGCGUAAUGAAAGGAUCUUCAAAUUGAAAAGUAGAUGCUCUAGCCAAAUCAUCAGGGACAUUAAAGUUGAUUUAUAUACUGCUAUCCUCAACAAACCUUCGUUGCCUAAUGAAGACUGGGUUUGGUUUCUUUCCCUGUAA